GUUACAGGACUGCUUUCAGCUGGUACGGACCAUAAGGAUGCUUGGGUACGGGACAACAUCUACAGCAUCCUGGCCGUUUGGGGGCUGGGGAUGGCUUAUCGGAAGAAUGCAGACCGGGACGAGGAUAAGGCCAAAGCCUAUGAGCUCGAGCAGAACGUUGUGAAGCUGAUGCGGGGACUCUUACAGUGCAUGAUGAGACAGGUAGAUAAGGUAGAGAAGUUCAAACGCACGCAGAGUACCAAAGACUGCCUACAUGCCAAGUAUAACUCUGCUACUUGUGCCACGGUGGUUGGGGAUGACCAGUGGGGGCAUCUGCAAGUGGAUGCAACUUCCCUUUACCUGCUCUUCUUGGCACAGAUGACUGCAUCAGGGUUACGUAUUAUCUUCACCCUCGAUGAAGUUACCUUUAUUCAGAAUCUUGUUUUUUACAUAGAAGCUGCCUACAAAGUUGCGGAUUAUGGAAUUUGGGAACGUGGUGAUAAGACAAACCAGGGCAUCCCUGAACUGAACGCAAGCUCCGUAGGGAUGGCCAAAGCUGCUUUGGAAGCAAUUGAUGAACUAGAUCUUUUUGGCGCUCAUGGAGGACACAAGUCAGUGAUUCAUGUUCUUCCUGACGAAGUAGAACAUUGUCAGUCUAUUCUAUACUCCAUGUUGCCAAGGGCUUCCACAUCAAAGGAGAUAGAUGCUGGCCUUCUCUCUAUUAUUUCUUACCCGGCUUUUGCAGUGGAGGAUCUACACCUUGUUAAUGUGACCAAGAGUGAAAUCAUAUCCAAAUUGCAGGGCCGCUAUGGCUGCUGUCGCUUUCUCCGAGAUGGUUACAAGACACCCAGAGAGGAUCCAAGCAGGCUGCACUAUGAUCCUGCUGAGCUCAAGCUCUUUGAGAAUAUUGAAUGUGAGUGGCCGGUAUUCUGGACAUACUUCCUAAUUGAUGGAGUAUUUAAUGAGGACAAAAUUCAGGUACAAGAGUAUAGAGAGGCUCUGGAAGGAAUACUUAUUAGAGAGAAGAACGGAAUAGUGCUAAUGCCUGAACUGUAUGCAGUCCCUCCAGAAAAGGUGGAUGAGGAGUAUGAAAAUCCUCACUCAGUGGAUCGUAUACCAGUGGGAAAAUUGCCUCAUCUUUGGGGCCAAUCAUUGUAUGUCCUUAGCUGCCUAUUAGCAGAGGGAUUUCUUGCUGCGGGUGAAAUUGAUCCCUUAAACAGGAGAUUUUCCACUGGAUUUAAACCUGAUGUUGUGGUACAAGUAACUGUUUUGGCAGAAUCUAAUCAGAUUAAGAAUCUCUUGCAAGACCGUGGAAUCAACGUUCAGAGCAUUGCUGAUAUCCAUCCGCUCAGAGUGCAGCCAGCUCGCAUCCUGAGUAAUCUCUACACCAUGCUGGGCCGGAACAAGAACAUGAAAUUAAGUGGACGGCCACACCGACACAUUGGAGUGUUAGGCACCUCCAAGCUGUACAUGAUAAGAAAUCAAAUAUUUGCUUUUACCCCUCAGUUUACCGACCAGCAUCACUUCUACCUGGCUCUAGACAAUCAGAUGAUUGUGGAGAUGCUCAAGACAGAGCUGGCUUACCUCACUUCUUGUUGGAGGAUGACAGGGAGACCAACCCUGACGUUUCCCAUCACCCACACAAUGCUUGUUGAUGAUGGUACGGACAUUCAUCCAGCAGUUCUUGCCACCAUAAGAAAAUUAGAGGAUGGUUAUUUUGGAGGUGCAAGGGUGAAGAUAGGCAAGCUAUCAGAAUUUCUUACCACCUCUUUUCAUACGUAUCUGAGCUUCCUGGAUCCAGACUGUGACGUAAAACUGUUUGAUGGCCCUAAUGAAGGCCGUAAUAGUCCUGACAGUGAAUGUGGAGGCUAUCCAGCAGAUUUCUGUGAAAAAGAAAGCCAGGAUGAGCUGGAUCAGUAUAUAAAUGAUGUCCUGCAGAGUACAGCGCUGAAGUCAUACCUGCCUCCAACUUCAAAGACUGCGAAUCAAUCGCCUGUGUUCAGUGCAAAGCAUUCCACAAAAGAGAUACUGUCAAUAAUGGCCAAGACAAAGGGCUUGGAGGUUCCAGCUGCGUCUAUGUCUCUUCCCACUAAAGUUCUGAACAACCGGAAGUCUCUGAAUCUUGUCGAUAAUCCCCAUUUCUUUGAGACAAAGGACUGUGAAAAUGUUUUGCACUUACCUAAAGAUGCUCAUGGUGAUUUGGAUUGCAGGAAGCUUGUUGAGCAGCUGAAGGAAUGUCCAACGCUCCAUGAUCAAGCAGAUAUCUUAUAUAUCUUGCAUAUACUGAAAGGUGCUGACUGGGACACAGAGCUGGAUGGACAGUAUGGCGUCACUGUUCAUUGCCUACUCAACGAGCUCUACAGAAAGGCAGGCCUCAAUCAAGAAUGGGGCUUGAUCCGUUAUAUUUCCGGUAUGCUCAAAAAGAGAGUGGAAGUCCUGGCUGAGGCAUGCACAGACCUUCUGUCGCACCACAAGCAACUUACAGUGGGCCUGCCACCAGAACCCCGCGAGAAAAUUAUUACCACCCCACUGCCACCCGAGCAGCUCACAGAUCUUAUUUAUGAAGCCAGCGGCCAAGACAUCAGUAUUGCAGUCCUGACACAGGAAAUAAUUAUGUACUUGGCGAUGUAUGUCCGGUCACAGCCUAGUCUUUUUGUGGAGAUGCUCAGGCUCCGUAUUGGUCUGAUAAUUCAGGUGAUGGCCACUGAGCUGGCUCGGAGUCUAAAAUGCUCAGGUGAAGAAGCUUCAGAGAGUUUGAUGAAUCUAAGUCCCUUUGAUAUGAAAAAUCUCCUACACCAUAUUCUCAGUGGAAAAGAGUUUGGUGUGGAAAGAAGCUUGCGACCUGUAGAUUCCUCUUCAUCUAGCCCUGCAAUUUCUAUUCAUGAAAUGGGGCAUUCUGGAGCAACCAAAACAGAAAGAAGCGGUAUUACUAAAUUGAAGAGUGAGAUGAAGCAGAGGGGCAGUACUCCAUCGUCUCCCACUAAUACUUCUCCUGCUGGCUCCAAAGGAGAGACGAGCUGGGGUGACCGAAAAGGGCAGUGGCUGCGCAGAAGGAGGCUUGAUGGUGCUAUUAACAGAGUUCCUGUUGGCUUUUAUGAGAAAGUGUGGAAAAUCCUUCAGAAGUGCCAUGGUCUGUCCAUUGACGGGUAUGUCCUUCCUUCUUCAACCACCAGAGAGAUGACCCCGUGCGAAAUCAAGUUUGCUGUGCACGUGGAGUCGGUGCUGAACCACGUACCCCAGCCCGAGUACAGGCAGCUCUUGGUGGAAGCCAUUCUCGUUCUCACCUUCCUCUCUGACAUCGAGGUGAACAGCAUCGGGGGCAUCAUCCACGUGGAUCGAAUCGUGCACGUGGCCAAUGACCUGUUUCUGCAGGAGCUGAAAUCAUUCGGAGCUACUGGUAGUAUCUUGGAGAAAGACGUAGCCACAGGAAUCUGCCACUUUUUUUAUGACAGUGCUCCAAGCGGGGCCUAUGGCACCAUGACGUACCUAACAAAAGCCAUAAUUAUUUAUUUGCAUGAUUUCCUGCCUAGCACAGGCUGUGCGAUGCAAUAAGCGAUGCCUCACGCGGGAGGGAAGGCUCAGGAGCUCUUUCUCCCCAUUUCCCUGUCAUGAACCUCUCAUUUAGUUGCUGCAUGCGUGUGUGCCGUGCCCUACCUCAGCAUUUCACACUAGUCGUCAUGCUACGUGCAUGCCUACCCGCGGGGGACAGGUAGGUGGCAUUUGGCCUGGUUUUAAGAGAGUGUGCGAGAAAUAACAAAUACGGAGGCUUAUUCUGCCCAAAGUGCGUAAAUGUAAUUCAUAUUAAAUUAGCAAGAAUUACACAGUUCUGCCAAGGGACAAACAGAUUACUCUGUGGAGAUCAAAAGGCAUGAUAAAACGAGGGAGCUG